CUUCAACACGCGCGCGCCCCACUCACUCGCGCUCCCGUCUUUGUUAUCAUCUCUCCAUCUCGCCCUCUCUUCAUCUCUCCAUCUCUCCAUCUAUCCAUCUCCCAACCCCCCUCCAUCAUCACACCCUACCCUCUCGUCGCUGCCGCACAGUACCCGUGUGUCACAUCACCACCGGAUCCGCACCUCUCGUGCAGUGACUACGCAACCACGAUAGGAACGCACCGCUUCCACCGCUUCCGCGCGACCCAAUCGUCGCGUCCAGCUCACCGCAAGAUCUACAUAAGCCAUGUCGCACAGGAAUACUCAGGAGGAGCAGGACCCUCCAGCCGAGAGAUCUUCUACAGCGACGCCACCGGAGCCAUCAGGAGACUUGAGUGCAACGAUGCCGCCAGUCCCGCCACCUCCGAUAAUGACGCCUGCCAUGGAAGCGCAGAGUAUCCCAUCUGCCACGUUCGCGUCAUCGUCCGUCAGCGAUUCUGAGCAGGUGACCCAGCGUGACGCUUCGCCGACGACGCAGCCCAGUGAUCCAGACUCCACUCCUAUCGCACCCAUUCCCGGAAUGCGCUUCCCCCACUUCCCGACUCCUGAGCGACAUGGUACUGCGCGCCCGCGCGACUAUCGGCGCAUAGCGACCGCAGACGAGGCUUCGCACGACCAGAAGCUUUCAGAAAUGGGCUCAAUUCGGAUGGGCGCGUCCGCUCUCAUCUCGGCUCUCUCGGCCUUGCCACGCGAUGACGAGGAGUCGUCCCUUUCAUCUGACGAGGAGGUGUCCUAUGAGGUGGAUGUGACGACCCACCUGCCCGUGCGCCCGAAGAUGUCCCGCAUGCACUCGUCCCUUCAGACACUGCGCCCAAUGGCCUCAAUGUCUGACCCGGAUACUCACAACGCACAUUCCCAACCCACAUUCUUGCGGACUCCGCCACGCAGCGCCCACAGCCCGCCUCAUCGCGCCCGCAGCCCGCUCGGGAGUGGUCGAAGCCGCCCUACAAGCCCCGAGUCCCAUCAUAAGCUCACCUUCCCGUACAAGGAGAAUGUGAUCACGCGGCGUGCCCGUGCACCUAGUCUCACUGAGCUACGGUACCAACAUGCACCCGCAAGUCCUGAAGGAGCACAUGAGCGGCUUCCAUGGCAAAUGCGCGUCGGAUCCAGCUCUACGUUAAAGGAGAUCGCGUCUGAUUUGGUUGAGCCCUCUCAGGAAGUGGAAGAGGUCCAGGGAUCUGCGCUCGGCAAGCCAGAGCGUGGUCACCUAGUUGUCGAGCGCGAGGACACGCCACGGAUGCUUCAGCGGGUCUUUGGGCUCCAGGAGCAAGAGGAACUCAUCGAGGAGAUGCACUGUUGGCUGCUUCGCUCUGACAUGCUUCAAGGCUACAUGUAUCUCACGAGACGACACAUCUGCUUCUUCGCAAAGGUUGGGCAGACUGAGAAUGACAAGACGAUCAAGAGUGGUCCGCUGUGGAAGAAGGCCAGUCGCACCAAGCUCAGUAACAGAUAUUGGGUGACCCUGCGGAAUAAUGUCUUGUCGUGGUACGAGAGUCCUAACGAUCCGUACUUUCCGAAGGGCAACGUGUCGUUGCAGUACGCGCUGAGCUGUGACCUGGUGGACGAGACGCGAUUCAAGGUCAGACUCCCAGAGCGUAACUAUACCUUCCAGUCUGACACCGCGAGCAACGCACAGGAAUGGGUGCGCGUCAUCCAAAAGUCCACCGUCAAGCUGCAGCAUGAAGGGCAGGGCGUCAAGCUUAUCAUCCCAUGGGAGGCUGUCUACGAAGUGGAGAGAAGCCCAACUCUGGAAUUUGCGGAGACUAUCGAGAUCAAGGUUAUCGAUUCGGAGGACUCCAUGUCGCUCGACAGUUACUUCUUCGCCUCAUUCCCAGACAAUGAUUACGCAUACGAACUCCUCCAGACACUUCUUCGAGAGCGACCCGUCUCGGAACUUCCCCCGCCCGCCGCCCCCAGCCCCAAACCCGCCGAGAGGAAGCGCGAUUCUGGCUCGAGGUUCAGUCUGACGAACUUGAGCGCGGCGCUGCCCAUUCCCAUUCCGAAAUUCGGCAGCGAUAAGGGGGACAGUAGUGAACGCGUGCCAAUAGCUCCACCAAUGGUCCUUGACCUACCUUACUCAGGGCAUGAUUCGUUUACGAGUCACAGCGAGGCGGACUCGGAAAUGAGUGAGGACGACGAGGCUACUCGUCGCCGCAAAGAGUAUCCGCCACGGCCGUCAGGCCCUCCUCCGCCAGGCAUGGGUCCAGCGUCAUCAGGGUGGGCCCCGGCGGACUGGAUCCGCCGGGGUUCGGCGCAGCUGUUCGGCACAUCUCCGGGGUCUCAACCUCCCCCUCCUCGGCGCCGCAUCCACCGGCAAGGAUCGGUGACCGAGGUGGUCGAGGGCUACAGUUUCGACAGCACCGACGAAAGCGAGAGCGAGCGGCGGCUCAGUGGUGCGAGGCAAUCCUUCUCGAAACUUGCGAGCACAACUCCAGAGUCCCCACAACCGGCGCAAGAGGAUGCGAUAGCCAUAAAGUUCCGCAAGACAUUCGCGCUGCCGGAAACGGAGGUUCUCAUUGAUCACAUCUCGGGCAGCUUAUACCGUGUCUUGCCAGUCUCGGGACGAUUCUUCGUCUCCAGCAACUACUUCUGUUUCAGAUCGUCAGGACUGCUCAACAAGACCAAGAUGAUCGUGCCCAUCCGUCAGCUUUACGGCAUGACAGCGCAGAAGGCGUUCCGUUUCGGGCACCACGGCCUGAUCGUUAUCAUUAAGGGGCACGAGGAGCUUUUCCUCGAGUUCCACUCCGCGAGUAGACGUGAUGAGCUCAUGGCGCUCCUCGAGGAGCGGAUGGAUGACGUGCGGGAAGCCAGCCAGGCCAACAAGGCCCUGGAGGCUGCCUUCCCCAACGCGCAGGGACCGUUUGUGAACGACAUGAGCGACGCUCCGGAAACGGCGAUCGGCUCAAUGUUCAGUUCGACCACCAGUUCAUUCUUGCAGUUCAAGCCUGAGCCGAUGACCAUCGUGUGCCUCACCAUUGGCAGCCGUGGCGAUGUGCAGCCGUAUAUCGCUCUGUGUAAGGGUUUGCAAGCCGAGGGCCAUACGUGCCGUAUCGCUACGCACGCCGAAUACCAGGCCUGGGUGGAAGGACAUGGUAUUGGGUUUGCCCCGGUGGGCGGCGACCCCGCCAAGCUCAUGGAGCUGUGCGUCGACAACGGCAUGUUUACGAUCUCCUUCUUGAAGGAGGGACUACAAAUGUUCCGAGGCUGGUUAGACGAGCUUCUGAAUGAGUCGUGGUCAGCGUGCCAGGGCGCAGACUUGCUCAUCGAGUCACCGAGCGCCAUGGCCGGCAUCCAUAUCGCGGAGGCACUACGCAUUCCGUAUUACCGCGCUUUCACGAUGCCGUGGACGCGCACGCGUGCCUACCCCCAAGCGUUCGCCGUGCCCGAGCACAAACGCGGUGGGAGUUACAAUUACAUGACGUACGUCAUGUUCGACAACGUUUUCUGGCGAGCGAUCUCGGGGCAGGUCAACCACUGGCGCAAGACCGUGCUCAAGAUUGAGUCGACGACAUUCGACAAAAUGGCGCAGGACAAGGUGCCAUUCUUGUACAACUUUUCCCCUACUGUUGUGCCCCCGCCGCUGGACUGGACGGAGUGGAUCCAUGUCUCCGGCUACUGGUUCCUGGACAAUGCGGACGGCAAGAAGGACUGGUCGCCGCCUGAUGGCAUUGUUGAGUUCAUCGACAACGCUCACGCGCGAGGCAAGAAGGUCGUGUACAUUGGCUUUGGGUCAAUUGUCGUCUCCGAUCCGCACGAGAUGACGCGUUGUGUCGUGCAGGGCGUCGUAGACUCGGGCGUUUGCGCCAUUCUCAGCAAGGGGUGGUCGGAUCGUGGUAGUCGUGGAAAGAAUGACCACCCAGAGCUGACCGCUAUCACCUCGCACGGCGCGGACGGUAUCGAGUUCCCGCCGGAGAUAUUCUCGGUCGACGCCAUUGACCACUCCUGGCUCUUCCCCCGCAUCGAUGCGGCAUGCCAUCACGGAGGCGCGGGGACCACAGGUGCCUCCCUGCGCGCCGGCAUCCCGACGAUCAUCAAACCGUUCUUUGGCGAUCAGUUCUUCUGGGCAGAGCGCGUUGAGUCGCUCGGUAUCGGCUCCAGCCUGAGACAGCUCACUUACGAGGGCCUCGCCACCGCACUCAUCGAAGCAACGACGAACGAACGGCAGAUUGCCAAGGCCAAGAUUGUUGGCCAGACAAUCCGCGCAGAGGAUGGCGUCCAGCGCGCCAUCGAGGCCAUUUACCGAGACCUCGAGUACGCACGAUCGCUCAUUCGCCCGGAAGAGGAGAACUUGCCCAGUCGGUCGACGCUUUCGCUGUCGAUGUCGAACUCGAUGUCGCGCCAAGGUAGUGGAUCGCACAGCCGUGGGCACAGCCGCGCGUCGAGCCUCGGCGAUCUGCUCAUUCACUCGCACACACGGACGCGGAGCACGGAGGGUGCGCGCUCCGACGAAAGCUGGAGCGUUGUGAGCGAUGCGGGCGCCAGCCUGCCGUCGUCGCCGCGCCGUGAAGCGCACGAAAGCGACAGCGACGACCACCACCAUCGUAUCCCUGUUCUCGGCAGCCUGGUUAGCCACAUUAGCUCGGCCAUAACCCGCGAGUCCUCAUCGCGCAAAUAGACGCCAUCACCAUCUGUAUCCACACCUGUAGCCAGCCGGACUCGCAGCACCUUGUCAAGGGUAUCCGUAUGCAUGCUGCUGCUCUACUCGAG